AUGUGCGCGCGGUGGCCAUCCGAUGGCAGGCUCUCCGAGCCGGUGGCAGUGCCUUCUUCAUCUUCUUCGAGGUCCAGGUUGGUGGGCGUGGUUGGCGGCGACUCCCGCAGCACCAUAUCUUCUGUCGGGGUCCACGGAUGCCUUGAGCACGAGAUCCGCCGGGCGGGAGACUCCCGAGUGGUUUCAGAACGACCAGUUUCUCGCGAGGAGCUUCAAGAGAAGGGCACUUUGCGCCAGGCCGAUCCCUCUGAGUUGCGGACGGCCAGGCCGCCCGCAAGCCACCGCGAGUUUUCGCGGCCGCUGGCGGAGCCUUUCACCCGAGCUCCCGCGCCGAGACGCCAGGAGGCGCCCCCGGCGGCUUUGGCGGCCCAAGGCCGCCUUGGGGCCCUGCCGGGCCACCCGGGCCGUGCGGGCCAUGUGGGCCCCCGGGGUGCCCUGGACCUUGGCUCCCGUGCGCAGCUUGCGGAGGUUGCAAUGGUGCACCAAUGCCUUGCCAAGGUCCGUGCCGGGGUAAGUUGCCGCAGCGGCGCGAAGAGGGCGAUCAGAGCCCUGGCUAUGGCACGCAAGCCUGGAACUGGAUUUCCAGAACUGCUGCUCAAGCCACUGGGGGCCUGA